GUGUGCACUCUGUAGAAAAAAAUUUUCGUUACAAAUUUUUUGACACAACUAAUACAGAAAUUGUUUAACUGAACGGUGCUAAAGCCGUCGAAAUUCAGUAUACAAAUUUAACUAGUCAAUUUUUUAUUGUUGAUAAUGGAUGAUCGAAGUGAAAUACCUCAAGAUGGUCCCGCUGGUAUGGACCCUGAGGGCGUCAUCGAGUCGACCUGGCAUGAAGUCUACGAUAAUUUCGAUGACAUGAACUUGCGCGAGGAGCUGCUGCGCGGCAUCUACGGCUAUGGUUUCGAGAAGCCAUCGGCCAUUCAACAGCGCGCUAUCAUUCCUUGCGUGAAGGGUCGCGAUGUCAUUGCCCAGGCCCAAUCGGGUACUGGCAAGACUGCCACCUUCUCGAUUGCCAUUCUUCAGCAAAUCGACACGUCCAUUCGCGAAUGCCAGGCUUUGAUCUUGGCACCCACUCGCGAGUUGGCCACCCAAAUUCAGCGUGUGGUCAUGGCACUUGGAGAGUACAUGAAGGUGCAUUCGCAUGCCUGCAUUGGCGGCACCAAUGUGCGCGAGGAUGCUCGCAUUUUGGAAUCCGGCUGCCAUGUGGUGGUUGGCACACCCGGUCGUGUCUAUGACAUGAUCAAUCGCAAGGUAUUGCGCACGCAGUUCAUCAAGUUGUUCGUGCUGGAUGAGGCCGAUGAGAUGUUGUCGCGCGGCUUCAAGGAUCAAAUCCAGGAUGUGUUCAAGAUGCUGCCACCAGAUGUGCAAGUGAUCUUGCUGUCAGCCACCAUGCCACCCGAUGUGCUCGAAGUGAGCCGUUGCUUUAUGCGUGAGCCAGUUAGCAUUCUUGUGAAGAAGGAGGAGCUGACCCUUGAGGGUAUCAAGCAGUUCUACGUGAACGUUAAGCAGGAGAACUGGAAGUUGGGCACAUUGUGCGAUCUGUACGAUACGCUGUCCAUUACCCAGUCGGUUAUCUUCUGUAAUACCCGUCGCAAGGUCGAUCAGCUCACCCAGGAAAUGACUAGCCACAACUUUACCGUGUCGGCCAUGCAUGGUGACAUGGAGCAACGCGAUCGUGAGGUUAUCAUGAAACAAUUCCGUUCGGGCUCUUCCCGUGUUCUGAUUACCACUGAUUUAUUGGCGCGUGGUAUUGAUGUGCAGCAGGUAUCGUUGGUCAUCAACUACGAUCUGCCCUCGAAUCGCGAGAACUAUAUUCAUAGAAUCGGUCGCGGUGGUCGUUUCGGUCGUAAGGGUGUUGCGAUCAACUUCAUUACUGAUGAUGAUCGACGAAUCCUGAAGGAUAUUGAACAAUUCUAUCACACUACUAUUGAGGAAAUGCCUGCUAAUAUUGCCGAUUUGAUUUAAAUAUUUUGUUGAGCAAAAAAAAAAUUAAGAAAAUUAAUACAAAAUAAAACAAGAAAAAGUGAGUGAGCUCUUCUACAGCAAGGAGUUGCGAGAAAAGUGCGCAAAAUAUAUUAAA